GCAAGGAGCGGAGGUGCGCGCGGCAGCGUGCAGCAUUCCCCGCUCAUUCGCGCCGUGACGGAUCUCGGAGCAGGCAGCAGCACCGCCAACCGCUGCGACGAGCGCAGUGGAGUGCGGCGCUGCGCUGGCGCAGCAGCCCUCAGCUUCCAUCUCACAAGCCCUUUGGCGCCAAACUCCGGCAUGAACCCUCAGACCGGGCGAGCAGAGCGGAGCAGCCCGCAUCAUCCCCCGCUCAUUCUGGCCGUGACGGAUCACGGAGCAGGCAACACCGCCAACCACUGCGACGAGCGCAGUGGAGUGCGGCGCUCCGCUGGCACCGCAGCCCUCAGCUUCCAUCUCAUCAGCCCUUUGGCGCCAAUCUCCGGCGUCAGCCCUCACAGCGGGCGGAGCAGAGCGGAGCAUCCAACGCUCAUUCUCGCCGUGACGGAUCUCGGAGCAGGCAACACCGCCAACCCAACUGCGACGAGCGCAGUGGAGGGGGGCGCUCCGCUGGCGCCGCAGCCCUCAGCUUCCAUCUCACCAGUGACAACUGCGAGCAGCGCAGCGGAGUGCGGCGCUCCGCUGGCGCCGCAGCCCUCAGCAUCCCUCGCACCAGCAACCACUGAGCCGAGGGGAGCAUACUGCGGCGCUCUGCUGCAGCCGCAGCCCUCAGCUCCCCUCUCACCACUGCAGCUUGUCGCCAUGGGGGAUCGUCUGAGAGCCAACUCACACUAGCUCUUUUUAACUUAUUUCUGGACAGAAUUGCGGCCAGAUGCAUAUAAGUCUGGCUCUUAAUGCGGUCAGGUACAUUUAAGA